AUGAACUUGGAUGUUAAGAUUUAUUUUCAACCUAAUAAUGACCAAGUUUCUCACUUUGAAGGUCUGUGUUUGACCAUCGCCAGCAUAGCCUCAUCCUUCAGGCUGGUGUGUUACUAUAACAGCUUGGCUGAAAACAGAAAGGGGGACGGGAAGUUCACAAUUUCAGAUGUUGAUCCAAACCAGUGCACCCAUCUGAUCUAUGCUUUUGCUGACAUCAACGAUGUGAAUGAGCUGGUUCCCAGCAAUGCAACUGACUUACAACACUAUCAGUCCUUUAAUGGUCUCAAAACCAGAAAUCCACAACUUAAAACCCUGUUGGCUGUUGGAGGAUUGACCUUCAAAACAGAAAAAUUCAGUAUGAUGGUGUCAACACAGCGAAACAGAACAACGUUCAUCCAGUCUGUAAUCACACUACUGAGGAACUAUGGGUUUGAUGGGCUGAACCUGGACUGGAGAUACCCUAGAAGAGCACGAAGCCGACCAGAAGACAAGCAGAAAUUUACACUGUUGUGCAAGGAGCUCAAAGACGCCUUUGUGGCUGAAGGGACAAAAACUCAUCGUGACAGAUUAAUGGUCACUGCCAGUGUUUCUGCUGAGAAAGCGGUCAUCGAUGCCAGUUAUGAAGUUGCACAGAUUGCCAUGAACCUGGAUUUCAUUAAUGUUCUGACAUUUGACUUUCACGGAUGCUGGGAGAAUGUCACAGGACAUCACAGUCCCUUAUACCAGGGAUCCAAAGACAAAGGAGACAAAAUCUACUCUAACACUGACUAUGCCAUGCGGUACUGGCGGGACCAGGGAGCACCUACACAAAAACUAAACUUGGGACUAGCAGCGUAUGGGCGAGCUUUUACCCUCUCCUCUGCAUCCACUGAUGUUGGAGCACCAGUUAGUGGUCCUGGUGAAGACGGCUGCUACACUGAAAAAGAUGGCUUCUGGGCAUAUUAUGAGACUUGCCUAUAUCUUGAAGGGGUUACAGUCCAGCUGAUUACGGACCAGAGUGUUCCAUAUGCCACCACAGAAAAUCAGUGGGUUGGAUUUGAUGACAAAGAUAGCCUUGACAGAAAGGUCAGUUACCUUAAAAAAAACAACAUUGGAGGAAUCACUGUCUGGUCUCUGGACCUGGAUGACUUUACUGGACAGUUCUGUAAACAAGGCAAAACCCCCAUCAUUAACCACCUUCAUUCCCUCUUGGAUUCAGGUAAACAAAAUGUCAAAAGAGUCUAG